AUGAUUUACUCUCUACUGUAGCAACAUCUUCAUAAGGAACUCCUUGGAUAAAAGUAUCAACUCACUGAGUUCGAGUUGCUCAAUGUUCUUGAUAACAUCUAUUAAGAUAAAUAAGAUUUCAAAUAUUUCCUCAACAUUCCAAAUCCUUUACAAUCUACCCUAGUUGUUCAGUCCUAUCGAUUUGAAUAUGAAUACAACUUCGAGAACAACACUGUAGAUUAACUAAACCUCAUAAUUGAAAAAGUCAAUGAUGAUCAAGCAAACCACUCAAUUAAUUUGUUAUAAUACUAACAUGCAAUACCAACCCUACUAAUCUAAAAGGCCUUCAUCAAAAAACAAACACCCCAACCAGCACUUCAAUCUCAUUAAAUUCACACUCUUAUUUCCUAAAGUUCCAAUUAUCAAAGGGUAGAUGCUAGUUUCUGCAAUUUGGACAUUGUCCAAAGAUCUCAAAAUAUUGCUUACAGAUAACCUACUCAAGACUAAUCAAUUAAAAAAAGAGUCAAAGUAGAAAAAUCAUAACCGAUUGACAUAGAUUCAAUUAAAUUAUCCAAAACGCAAGACACCGAGGAUUCAAAAAUCAAAAAAGAAAUUAAAGUAUCUAAGCAAUUGUUUAAGUAACAACACAAAAAACAUGAAGAAACGAAUCAAAAUCAAUACCUAAAAUCCUUAGUUAAGAAAUUAGACAUUCCAGAAAAAUGGAAAUAAGUAUCAUAAGAAUUCAGUGAAUCGCAUAAGAAAGUAUGGGAUAUCAAAUAUUAUGAAAAAUUGAUGCUAUUGACUGAAGCUGUUUCCAAAAAAUACUUCUAUUCGCAUAUCUUUAAAGAAUGUACAGAGGAAGAGUACUAAAAGAGGUUCAUCAGAUAUGCUUUACCUCCUGAUUUGUAAGAUCAAUCGAUAAUAAAAAAGAGAAAGAUCUACAGUAAAGAUGUUGUAUGUGCUCUUUUUGAAUGA